AUUCAUUUGUAUGGUAUCCGCAAAUGGUGACUUACUGUCGUAACACGCUAGUUGACCGUCACACUCUCGCCAAUGAUAAAAGCGCGGAGGUUAUGGACGAUUAUUAGUACACAGACAGCAAACAUUUUUGAAUAAUAAUUAUUAGAUAACUAUCAGUGAUGAUUUUGAAGAGAUGGCGUCGGUUGUGUUCAGACUCGUGCGGAGUGUGUCGAGCUGUCGACCAUUCUCUCACAAAACUGAUGAUUUCCUGAAAAGCGAUGCUGUUCAGAGACACAUUAAACGCGUGUUAGAUGAAUAUAAAUGUAUUUCGAGUAGUGUCGAGAGCGGGUGUGUUAGUGAGUCUGACAGGAAAGUUUUAAAUCUUAAACUGGUUGAAGUGUCGAAGGUGUUUAACGCGUUUGAGAGAGCUCAACUAGUGAUGAGAGAACUAACAGAGAUACAAACACUCAUUGACAAUACGAGAGCUGAAGACCAGCAGAUGCUUUCACUCCUGAGAGAGGAACACACUGAGAUCAGCAGAAGAAUAGAGACACUUAAUGAGAAGCUGAUUCAGUCUCUGGUUCCGGCUGAUGAACAUGACAGUAAAAAUGUCUUUCUGGAGGUCGUAGCUGGACGAACCACUGGAGGUGAUAUCUGUCAGCAGUUCACUCGAGAGAUGUUUAAUAUGUAUCAGGGUUUUGCCAGCUAUAAAAACUGGGACUUUGAGGUUUUCAACUACACACCUGCAGAUUAUGGUGGUCUUCAUCACGCUGCUGUGAGGGUCUCAGGUGAUGGUGUGUAUCGCUGGUUGAAGUUUGAGGGUGGCACACACAGAGUUCAGAGGAUUCCUGAAGUGGGUUUGUCGUCUCGUAUGCAGCGCAUUCACACUGGAACGAUGACAGUCAUUGUGCUACCGCAGCCAGAUGAUGUUGACAUUCACAUCGAUGUGAAAGACUUGCGAAUCGACACCUUCAGAUCGAAAGGAGCAGGCGGUCAGAGCGUCAACACCACUGACAGCGCUGUACGAAUAGUUCACCUGCCCACAGGGACCGUAUCAGAGUGUCAGCAGUUUCGCUCUCAGUUACAGAAUCGUGACACGGCGAUGCGUGUGCUGCGAGCGCGACUGUACCAGAGCAGCAUGGGACAGCAGAGAGAGAACACACACGCGACACGCAAACAACAGGUGGGCACUCGAUCUCAGUCUGAGAGAAUCCGCACAUAUAACUUCAGUCAGGACCGAGUGACAGAUCACAGGAUCAGAUACGUGACACGAGAUAUCAAGUUCACAUGUGAAGUUUGUGUUCUGUGCAGGAGUUCAUGAGAGGAGGUGAAUCUCUCGAGGAGGUGGUCAGACUUCUGCAGGAACACAAUUACACACAAACACUGAUGAACCUGAUCCAGAGUCGCCCUGAUGAACCUGAUCCAGAGUCGCCCUGAUGAACCUGAUCCAGAGUCGCCCUGAUGAACCUGAUCCAGAGUCAACAGAAGACACCUGGAGUCUCCCUGUACAUGUGCUCUGAAAAUGACCUCAGAUCAGACUGACUGACACACAAGCUUUUUAUUAAGUACUGUAAACUGAUACGAAAGUGAACGUCAUAAUGCUGCAAAUGUUUAACGGAACGGCCAGGGUUUACAGGAUGCAGGAUUACUUAUGGACUGAUAUAUUGAUUUCACUGUCUGAUAUUUGGCUAUUUUCUGAUUAUUUGCAUCAGCUGAAACAUGUGCCUGCUUGACUGAUCAACAGAAGAGCUGCUUCCAUCUUGUGUUAAUGUACACCUUCAAGAGACUAUUGAGUAAUGUUCAUGUAAACUGUUGACCAUUAUACAGUUUGAUUGCUCUGAAAUAUAACACACAACUUGUUAACCCUCCUAUGGUAUUCGGUCAUUUUUGACCGAAAUAAGUUUUCCUCAUUUAAUAAAAAUGGUUAUCUUUA